AUGGCCAUGUCUAAGCUAUCGCGAGCUGGCAACAUGGGCUUUCAAGAGGCUGGGAGUAGUGGUACUGACCAUCGCCUCAUCAAGAAGUGCAGGACCUACGACAUGUCUUUCCUCGACGAGUUUGGGAUGGACAGCGAGUAUGCAGAGCUCGAUACCGAGCAGGACCUGAGAUACGCUCUUGUGGACGCUGCGCUCAUAGUGCGGAUACCACAGGAGAGGCCGUAUACCAGGCGAGAGCUGGAUAAUCGCGCCAACGCGGAGUGGGACCGAAUCAAGUGGAAUGCGAAGCGGGCUCCGGACUUUGGCGAGAUGUGGUUGGGGCGAUUUCGGAGAAAGUAUGAGCUGCUGACGGGGCGUGUAUUGAUGAUGAAGAGUGAUCGGGUUGACGGUAUACAGAGUGAUCAGAAGAAUGGGCAACGACAAGCGAGACAGAGCAUGGCCAGACUGAAGGGUGACCUGGCCAAAGGUGUUCGAGAGGAUCUUGCCAGAGAUGAUGCUGCGCAGACGCUGAUGACGAUUAAGAACGAACCUCAAGCUUGUGCUGAGGACAGGAUGACGAAGGGCAGGAUUCCGGGCAAUGAUGGGGUUCGUCCCAAAGUAGCUACCAAGCCAGCAUGUCCAUCUGCGAAAUCGACGUCCAAGACAGCGAAUUGUUCUGCAAAAAGCCAUGCGACUGACGGCAAGCUCCUCAGAAACGAUGCUGCACGACCUGAUCGUGCCAUGAAGCAGGCCUGUGCUUCUGCUAAGCCGAUACACAGAACGCCAGCUUCUCAAGGAAUACCGAGUCGCCAUGUCGAGUCAGAUAUCGCGACGGACCAGACGGUGGCAGAGCUCGCUGCAUCAACUCCAGAAAGAUCACAGCCCUGUAACAUCGGUGUUCCUGUGCCACCACAGCACGGUAUCUCUGAGCAAGAUACCAAAGGUCCCAUCCCGCCUCCGCCUCUCCAAUGGCGUCGAGUGCCCAGCGUACCGUCUCGACAUACACCGGAGCCCAUAACAUGGGCCCCGAUCACUAUAUCCUUAGACCUCCCACGCUGGCUCCGCAAAUCCGCUCAAGUAGCAGCGAAGUCUGACAUCACCCCCGCAGCCACGUCUAAGGACCCUGCGCAAGUGGCGGUAGAGCCUGACCUCAAUACAAAGCAAAGGCCAUCGAACCCAGCCCAGAUGAGGGCAGAGUCUGUUGUUGUCACUCCUAGCAGGAAGCCAGGAAAGCUCAUGCGAACUGGUCAUUUGCCGUCGGUGGAGCUUCUUUCUAGUUCUCCAUGCUCCAGAGCAGAUCGGAAAGUCAAACGGGAGAGACGAGAUUCAGCACAUGCGAGGCUGGACGAAGUUGCAGUAAAGCAAGAGACCACCGGUCACAGUGAGGCUCUUCUACAGGAAACCGAGGCUGGUGAGCUUGAUAAGAUGAUCCUGGACGACAUUGACGACAUCUUUGAUAAUGUGACUCUUGAUACUCCCCCUACGCCACGACAACACAAGAAACCCCGUCCAGAAGACGCGGCAGUCUCAGCUUCAGUCAAUGUAACAGCGGAAACGAAAGCACCGCCCAUGAGUGCGGAUGUAGAAAAUGUCACCGAGGAUACAAGUAGCGAGAAUCUUGUCAACCUCUCUGCAAGCCACGGAACCAGGUCCAGCUCGAACGAAUGUGUUGACUGCGGACUGUCAGCGAGACACACGGGCAAGGGUAACAUUGUGGUGAGCCUCUGUACGCACGCCGCAGAGAAGAUUCGUGCACGAAAGCAAGGUACUGUGGUAGAAGAGACCAAAGGUGACCCCGAGAGCCAAGAAGUGUUCGAGCCCUGCCACAAGACGAUUGGCGAGAACGUCAAGCAAGGAGGGCAAAAGAGGCGAGCCUCGAUAGGACCGCCAACUCGUACAGAUCCAUCGAAGAGGUCGAAGAGGUUGCGAACGAGUCAGCAAGAGGUGGCCCUCCCCGUGGAAAGUGACGAUGAGCCACCAAUGUUGCGCAAACGAAGAGCGAAGGGUUUGACUGGCGCAGACGCACGGAGCGAUUCUGAUGCUGCGCCAGCCAGCAUCUCCAUCUACCGUACCACGAAAGUUGCAGUCUCUACUACACGCGACGGCUUCGUCAUUGAUACUUGUAUCGAUGUUCGCACGGAAGUGACUGCUCAGGUUUGCGAUGUCAUUCAGAUUGCGAGCCGGCCAGAAUCGAUCUCGCAAACUCCUGUUGACACGAGUGCAACGCUCGCAGCAUUGAGCAAAGACACCAGCCCAAGUCGUGAUACGGGCAGACCCUCAGCUUAUGUCAACUCGGGGAGUCAGACUCUCAGAUCAGCUCAGGCAAAUGUUGGGCUACAAGCGACUUGCUCUAGACCAAUCGAUGGUGCCACGCAGACGCCGGCACUACACUAUACUGAUGCCGGAAGCCAAAGCGGUGCCAUCGACUACCAGAGCGUUGCCACUCAGACCAAGCACGAACUGCCACCGCAAUUCCUGAAGAUGUCCGAUCACCCCAAGGACAUCAUGUCUGCCACAUCACAUCAGCAUCCAGCUCCCAUUACCUCGAUCGAGUCCUCCGUCGGGGCGAACAGUGCCAGUCUGCUAUGCAAUUAUCUGGCGACGCUGAACGACAAUAUGGGCCAGAUCAAAGACAUGCUAGCGGUCAAUGCCGAUCAAGCGGAGUCUCGUCCAAUGCUGAAGAGGAAGCAAAGCGUCGAGACUGAGGAUUUGAAGUCGCCAGCGACCAGGCGUGACGAGUCUUUCAGCAAGAGACGCUGCGUCCGAUAUUUCGCUUAUAACGUUCGUGUGCGAAGAGCUGAUGAAACAAUGCUCAAGCAGAAAGUUUGUUCUCUCGACAAGAGACCGCGCAAGUCAAAAUGA